AUGGACCCAGCAGUUUGCCCAAGAUUUGCCUGGCCUGCCACAGUUACUAGCCCCCCUUCCUUUCAUGUGCUUUCCACAGGGAGUAAAGUCCUGCCCCCCCCCACAUCUGCCACAGGUACCAGGGUACCACCCCUUCCCUUGCUACUUUGGCUCAGGCCCUUCUCCACCUUGCCUCUCCCCUGCAGGUUCCCGUUCAGCCGGCCGGAGCUGCUAGCACGCUGGGUGGGGAAUAUUGGCCGUGGCGAUUUCCAGCCCAGUUCGCAUACAGUGCUCUGCUCACAGCACUUCCAGCCCGACUGCUUCAGCGCCUUCGGCAACCGCACCAACCUCAAGCCCAAUGCCGUGCCCACCCUCUUCGCCUUCCCCUGCACCGUCUCGCAAAUCAGGCAGGAGAAGAGUCCUCUACACGAUCCUCAGGAUUCCCAAUUGCCAAAGGACUUGACAGGGACAGAGGAUGGAAGGAGAUUAGCUGUAGAAACCAUUUUGCACCAAGAGAUCCAACCCAGUAGAACAGAGGAAGCAAUAGAAGAGAUUAAUACAACUAAGGCAACAGAAGUGGAGGGUUUGCUGCUGCAGUCCAGGCCUCCAGUGCAGAUACACCACCUGGGUCAGACCUCAGAUCACAGCUAUGCUGUCAGUGACUGUGCUUCCUUAAAACAAAAACUCUUCCAAGCACUAGAUGAAAAUGAAAAACUGCGAAAACGCCUGAAGGUUAAAAGCAUGGAACUGAAGAGGAUGUGUGCGCGACUCCAGGCCUGCAGCAAGGAGCAGCAAUGCCAGGCUAGAUAACAUCCUGGGAGGGACCAGGGCCUGACUUGCUGAACACUCAUCUACCAACAAGAACAAGGGUUCAAGAAACUCCUGGCUGGAGUACUUGGAAAGUGAGUAACCUGCUCACUCUGGAUUCUGACGAGCACCGCUUAAAGUUCACAUAUAUCAUAACUGCCCAACAUGAACAUGGUCCAGUAAGAACAAGGGAAGGAAGCUUGGCUGAGAAGUACACCAUAACAUCCCCUCAACCUGCACUUCUUGCCUGAACCUUGUAAUCUAAAUACCUUCAUAUUAAGCAAGAAUGCCGGUUGCAUCUAGGUGUGUGAGAAGAGACUGGAAGCUUUUCUGGCAAUUAGUUCCCACACUAAAUGUAGCCUGGGGAUGUGGAAACUGUAGUUAAGCUAGUGUCAGGUCAUCCAGAUAUGGUCUUUUCAAGGUCUGAAGUAAUUCCAAAGCUGUAGAACUACUGCAAAGGUCAGAAACCACUUUUGUAAAUCACAGCACCUGCUCGUCUUUCCCCAUCCCCUUCAGUGUAAUUUAUAAGAAAAUAGAUUUCCAUGACAGCAAAACUGUAGGACAACUGUUUACAUCAGGAAAAUGUCAGUGAGAGGGUGAAUUUUAUUCUUCUGUAAAAUUCAUGAAUUGCU